AUGUCCUGCCAGCAAAACCAGCAGAAGUGCCAGCUCCCAGCCAAGUGCCUCCCCAAGUGUCCACCCAAGUGGCUGCCUCAGGUCCUGCAGGCCCCACAGGCCCCACAGGCCACGGCUCCUUGCCCAGCUCCCUGCCCAGCUCCCUGCCCCCCGCCUGCCCCCUCCUGCUGUGUCCCCAGUUGCUGUAUCACUGGCUUUGGAGGCUGCUGCUCUCUGGGGUGUCACGGGUUUCCAGGAGUCUGUAUAGGCCAGCCCCCGCCUUCCAACUGCUGGGAGAGGGAGUCCUCUGGGUGUUCCAGUUGUUGCCAUGGAUUUGGGGGCUGCAGCUGA